AGAUACCAACAGUAGCUGUUAAUAGAUAGCCUGUCAGUAAAAUAACAGAUUAGUUAGUUCAUUAAUUUCCAUAAUUGCGUAAAGAAAUAUUCAGAUAUAUUACGGGAGGGCACGUGUGUGUAUUUCUGGUCACGUGAUCUAUCCGAUUCGCUGUUGGAUUAGAUAUUUUCCUUCAGUUCAACUCAAAUGAUUUUUAACAUUUAAACAUACUGUCGCAUUUCCUCGCAAUCAAUUUAUUUUUUUUAAAUGCGGUCGUUAAAAUAUUUUAAUCGAAAACGGCAACGUCGGCCCGAGUCAAAGGUCACGGCCUUUGGACGUUUUUAAAAAAAACAGCCGUUAAAUUCGUCGCUUAAUCGAAUCCCAUUUUCAAAAUAUUUUCACGCACUGAAAACCGGUCGCAAACCGCGUCAGGGUGGCGUUGGGGGACGGGCAGGCGGUUUUGGGGUCUCCGCGGGGGAAGGCAAUAUUUUUAUCCGGGGUAGGGGGGUGCGGAGCGAGCGGGGUCAGAGUUCAGCCGUGUGUGUGUGUGUGUGCGCGCGCGGAGGGGGAGCGAAGUUGAUCCAUGUGGUUCUGGCUGACAGCGGUGCUCAAUCCUCACCCGAACUCAGCCCGAAUCCCCCCCAAGGACGAGCCGCUGCCCUCCGCUUUGACCGCGACACCCCCGGGAAACAACUCCUGUCCACCAUGAAAGGCCGGAUCGAGCUGGGAGACGUGACGCCACACAACAUUAAGCAGCUGAAGCGGCUGAACCAGGUGAUCUUCCCAGUCAGCUACAACGACAAGUUCUACAAGGACGUGCUGGAGGUGGGGGAGCUGGCCAAGCUAGCGUACUUCAAUGACAUCGCAGUGGGAGCAGUGUGCUGCCGAGUGGAUCACUCUCAGAACCAGAAGAGGCUCUACAUCAUGACCUUGGGCUGCCUGGCGCCCUAUCGCAGGCUGGGGAUAGGAACAAAGAUGCUGAACCACGUGUUAAACAUCUGUGAGAAGGAUGGCACUUUCGACAAUAUCUAUCUGUAA